UCAUGACAUUGUGUAGAAGCGUAUCAAGUUGAGUAGUCUUUUUUGACGUCGAGUUCUGUUCAAAGUUCUGAUAUUUUCUCUAAAUAAACCGCGCACAGCAAACACACCUUAGGGAAUAACGUGAAGUAUGACAAUAACAUAAACACUAUGGUACUGAGGAUAGCAUUACUUUUUACCCUGUUAAGUUGCGCAUACGCUGGUUAUUGCUCUACCAGUUAUACUUGCUACACCACAUGCUAUUAUAGAGCUGUAUAUUAUACAUCGUGUGGAUUUCUCUGGUUAGGUAGAUGCUCGAGAUACAGGUACGUGGGUUAUACCUGCACGGAGACCUGUUACAGGCAGAGAUGUUGCACGGGCUACACGGGAUAUUACUGCCGCAAACCUCUAUGUUACGGUUCAACAUCCUGUCCUAAUGGUGGCACAUGUUCAUACCCUGACAAAUGUCUGUGUCCUGCUGGAUAUUCCUCGCCGAAAUGUAGAGAUAUUAAUGAAUGUUAUAGCAGUACACAUGGGUGUGACCAUUCUUGCCGGAACACAGUAGGAAGCUACUAUUGUUUCUGUCGCCAAGGAUACACACGUGACACAGAUAUGAAGACCUGUAAUGAUAUAGAUGAAUGUGAUACAAGUUACAACAGCUGCGACCAAAUCUGCCAGAAUACACCAGGAUCGUAUAAAUGUUCGUGCAAUCAGGGAUAUUUUCUAGAUACAAAUAACAAGACAUGUAGUGAUGUAGACGAGUGCAAAACCAGUGAUCAUGAAUGUGACCAAAACUGCGAAAAUACACCAGGCUCAUAUAAUUGCUCAUGUGUUUCCGGGUUCUUACUUGAUGCAGAUAACAGAACGUGUAAUGAUACUGAUGAGUGUAAUACCGGUGCGCAAGAAUGCGACCAAAUCUGCCAGAAUACGCCAGGCUCAUAUAACUGUUCCUGCAGUCCUGGAUAUUUACUAGACACAGAUAACAGAACUUGUGAUGACAUAAAUGAAUGCAUCAGCAGCACACAUGGAUGUGUUCAUACCUGUAUAAACACAGUGGGCUCUUAUAAUUGUAACUGUCGAUCAGGAUUCAGUCUUAAUCCGGAUAGAAGGUCAUGUAGCGAUAUUAAUGAAUGUGAUAAUAGUACACACGGGUGUGACCAUACGUGCUGGAACACAGUAGGAACCUACUAUUGUUUCUGUCGCUCAGGGUACACACUUGACACAGAUAUGAAGACUUGUAAUGAUAAAAACGAAUGUUUGACAUCUAGUCACCGUUGUAAUCAUUACUGCCGCAAUACAGUAGGGUCCUUCUACUGUAGCUGCCGCUCGGGAUACCAGCUUGGCACGGAUAAGAAAACAUGUAGUGAUAUUAAUGAAUGUGAUAAUAGUACACACGGAUGUGACCAUACGUGCUUGAACACAGUAGGAACCUACUAUUGUUUCUGUCGCUCAGGGUACACCCUUGACACUGAUAUGAAGACUUGUAAUGAUAGAAACGAAUGUUUGACAUCUAGGCACCGUUGUAAUCAUUACUGCCGCAAUACAGUAGGGUCCUUCUACUGUAGCUGCCGCUCGGGAUACCAGCUUGGCACGGAUAAGAAAACAUGUAGUGAUAUUAAUGAAUGUGAAAGCGGUACACAUGGGUGUGACCAUUCUUGCCGGAACACAGUAGGAAGCUACUAUUGUUUCUGUCGCCAGGGAUACACACGUGACACAGAUAUGAAGACCUGUAAUGAUAUAGAUGAAUGUGAUACAAGUUACAACAGUUGCGACCAAAUCUGCCAGAAUACACCAGGAUCGUAUAAUUGUUCGUGCAAUCAGGGAUAUUUUCUAGAUACAAAUAACAAGACAUGUAGUGACAUAGACGAAUGUGAUGCAAGCGGCAAGAAAUGCGACCAAAUCUGCCAGAAUACAGAAGGUUCAUAUGUUUGCUCGUGCAAUCAGGGAUACUUUCUAGAUACAGACAACAAAACAUGUAAUGAUACAGACGAGUGCAAAACCAGUGAUCAUGAAUGUGCCCAAAACUGCGAAAACACACCAGGCUCAUAUAAUUGCUCAUGUGUUUCCGGGUUCUUACUUGAUGCAGAUAACAGAACGUGUAAUGAUACUGAUGAGUGUAAUACCGGUGCGCAUGAAUGCGACCAAAUCUGCCAGAAUACGCCAGGCUCAUAUAACUGUUCCUGCAAUCCUGGAUAUUUACUAGACACAGAUAACAGAAUGUGUGAUGACGUAAAUGAAUGCAUCAGCAGCACACAUGGAUGUGUUCAUACCUGUAUGAACACAGUGGGCUCUUAUUAUUGUAACUGUCGAUCAGGAUUCAGUCUUAAUCCGGAUAGAAGGUCAUGUAGCGAUAUUAAUGAAUGUGAUAAUAGUACACACGGAUGUGACCAUACGUGCUGGAACACAGUAGGAACCUACUAUUGUUUCUGUCGCUCCGGGUACACACUUGACACAGAUAUGAAGACUUGUAAUGAUAAAAACGAAUGUUUGACAUCUAGGCACCGUUGUAAUCAUUACUGCCGCAAUACAGUAGGGUCCUUCUACUGUAGCUGCCGCUCGGGAUACCAGCUUGGCACGGAUAAGAAAACAUGUAGUGAUAUUAAUGAAUGUGAUAGCGGUACACAUGGGUGUGACCAUUCUUGCCGGAACACAGUAGGAAGCUACUAUUGUUUCUGUCGCCAAGGAUACACACGUGACACAGAUAAGCUGACCUGUAAUGAUAUAGAUGAAUGUGAUACAAGUUACAACAGCUGCGACCAAAUCUGCCAGAAUACACCAGGAUCGUAUAAUUGUUCGUGCAAUCAGGGAUAUUUUCUAGAUACAAAUAACAAGACAUGUAGUGACAUAGACGAAUGUGAUGCAAGCGGCAAGAAAUGCGACCAAAUCUGCCAGAAUACAGAAGGUUCAUAUGUUUGCUCGUGCAAUCAGGGACACUUUCUAGAUACAGACAACAAAACAUGUAAUGAUGUAGACGAGUGCAAAACCAGUGAUCAUGAAUGUGACCAAAACUGCGAAAAUACACCAGGCUCAUAUAAUUGCUCAUGUGUUUCUGGGUUCUUACUUGAUGCAGAUAACAGAACGUGUAAUGAUACUGAUGAGUGUAAUACCGGUGCACAGGAAUGCGACCAAAUCUGCCAGAAUACGCCAGGCUCAUAUAACUGUUCCUGCAAUCCUGGAUAUUUACUAGACACAGAUAACAGAAUGUGUGAUGAUACUGAUGAGUGUAAUACUGGUGAGCAUGAAUGCGACCAAAUCUGCCAGAAUACACCGGGAUCAUAUAACUGUUCCUGCAAUUCUGGAUAUUUACUAGACACAGAUAACAAAACUUGUGAUGAUAUAAAUGAAUGCAUCGGAAGCAAACAUGGAUGUGAACACUCCUGUAUAAACACAAUAGGCUCUUACUUUUGUAACUGUCGAUUAGGCUACCUUCUUGAUUCAGAUGAAAAAUCAUGUAAUGACAUAAAUGAAUGCGCGACCAGUACACAUGAGUGUGAGCAUUCUUGCCAAAAUACAGUCGGUUCGUUCUAUUGUUACUGUCGUUUAGGAUACACACUUGGAACCGAUAGAAAGGGUUGUAAUGACAAUGCUGCUUUGAACUCAUCACUGAUCUUCAUUUUCAAAGAAACGAAAAAUGAAACUUUGCAGAAGGCUGCCACAAAGGACCAAAUUUCAAAACAAGUCGAGUUCCUUCUUGAGACAUAUUUCAAAUAUUUAACAGGAGAUCAAGUUUCUGUUAGUGCUCUUCAAAUAAGGGAAACGAACAUGGCGACUUAUCAAACUGACGGAUUUGGAAUCGUAGCAGAAUACACUCUAAAUUAUGAUAAAAAGACGAAUAAUGGAAAUGUUAAAGACGAAAUUGUUCGUGGACUGUUAGACCUAACUGAGUGGACUACUAUGAACUACGGUGGAAACUCUGUUUUGGUGAAAUUAGAUAUACCAGACAAUGCCACAAGAACAUGUGAUAUUUUUGAAACUGUCUUCGGAAAAUGUGCAGAACGGUUUGAAUGUCAAGUUGAAGAUGGCGUUCCACGAUGCCGUGAAGUUCAAAAAGACGGAAACCCAACUCAAAUAGCUGUCUACAUUAUCUAUAUCGGCGGAGCACUUGUUACACUGGUAGUUGUUGUGGUCGUUAUACUUCUCAUCAGAACCACACGCGAAAAAUAUCGCGUAACAAGGAAAGGAAAACCUGACACACAUUCUCAUGACAACGACGAAUGUGAUCAAAGCUGUGCGGAGAACGUCGCAAAUGAAGAAUUAACAACACAGUUGUAAAAUAGCUGCUACAACCUCCGGAUUGACUCUGUACCAGCAGUGGAACUUAUUUGCUUGUGUGUGUUUUAUUUCAAAACACGAAUAAAAAGAUCAUAAUCUCUGAAUGGAAAUAUUUACCUGUAAAUAGAAGAGAUGGGAAUUUUAAAUUGCCAAAAUAUUUCAGUAGUUGAUGCGAUUCAUCAAGGAUGUUUUGAUUUCGCUUUCUGUCACCUGCUUAGCGCAGUAUGUAUAACACAUGACUAUGGGUUGAUAGAUCGCGAGUUCGAUCCCCGGGAUUGAUAUAAUAUGUUCUCAGUGACGAUUCGCGAAGAAAAUUUGUCUGCAGUCAUUCGUCUUCCAUCUUUGAUUCAUACGGGGAAAUUGUCAGUGAAUAACUUUUGUCAGUAUUUUCACAGAAUCCAGGAACAUCAGUUAGGUCAACUGACCGCCGCACACAACUAAAAUACUUUUGAAAAGCACGUUUAACUCAUGAUAUAAACAAACAAACCUAUUAUAUGAGCAUACGGAAUAACCAUGUAAAGUUUUUGAUACAGUUUAACUAUUAUUAUUUAAAGAAAAUUAGCCUCAUGAAAUACAAUACUGCAGUCAUGGCCGUUAUAAAUCAUGACAGGUUAUAAUUAUAUCAUGUUUUCAAAGAUCAGUAUAAAGACCUAGAAUGACUAUGUUGUAGGUAGAAAUGGAAAGAAGAAAAAACAUGUUCGUGUUGCAUACUAUUUUAAGUGCUCUUGUUAAAAACAACAAGCAACAAUAAUAAAGAAAGGAAAGUUGGUGAUCAAUUACAGUUACUGUAAAUAAAUAUUGAUUGUCAGACUGACUGAUCUCUCUACACCAACCGCCAAGAACUAUAUAAUCACUGUUGUAAAUCACGAAUUUUUGUAGAAAUAUCACGUCUUAAAAAUCCAUAAUGAUCUAUUGGAUGUCGCAAUAUUAGUAAGAAAUGAAAUUUAUAAAAAGAUUUGUAUUAGUCCAUUUGCCAUAUACGUUACACGGAAUGAUAUUUGGUUUGUAUUAAGGGGCAGCAACUAUGAUAUAUGUUAUUUUACAAGAUGCUGAAGGCCGGAGACUGAUGUUCAAACUUAUCUUCACAGCCUUGAAACCAGUAUUACAGUGGAAAAUUUUCGCCGUUUGAAGACUAUAAAAAAUCUAGUCAGUCUCUGGAACAAGAAAAUAUGGCAUUUCUCUUUGCGGUAUUUCUUAAAUUGUAUGCUCCUAUGUGUGCUGCGUUGAUUUAGCAAUGAAUAUGGUUUACGAAUUAGUUUAAUAAUAUACGAAAACAGGAAAAGGACAAUUUCUGUAUAUAGUCUAUCCCUUUUUCUCAUAAUUUGUAAUUCAUGACCUUGGGCUUAAUAUCUUUAUAUUUAGAACUCAAAUAUAAUGUUUGUAAUAUGCGUUAAUUGUUAAUGUUUUACCAUUUGUUUGCUAUAAAAUGUACUUUAAUUAUGAAGAUACAGAAUGUCUAUGUUUACGCUUUGCAUUGAUAAUACUAUCAUAUUCAUCAGAAUA